AUGGCGAGCAUUGAUGUGCUGGCAAAAAGGUUUUACUUAUUUGGCAAAAUGUACAGUCAUGAUUUACGUGAGCAAAGUUUUGUAGACUGGCCAUUUAGAGAGGAAUGCAACUGCACGCCUGAAAAGAUGGCCAAAGCUGGGUUUGUCCACUGCCCCAGUGAGAAUGAGCCAGAUGUUGCCUGCUGCUUCUUCUGUCUGCUCGAGCUUGAGGGCUGGGAACCAGACGAUGAUCCCUGGUCAGAACAUGAGAGACGCUCUAACUGUGGCUUCUUAACCAUGAAGAAAGACUUCACCAAGCUAACAAUGGCUGAAUUCUGUCACCUGGAAGAAAAAAGGCUAAAGAUUUACUACAAAAAGGUCUGUCACAAGAAGAUGGCUUUUUUGAGGGAUGCCAUAGACCAUACGCUUGAGGUGCUUAAAUCUCAGCUGGACUCCAUUUGA